AUGGUGUAUCUAAAUUGUCGUAUAGCGGGAGUGUACGCUGGCGUACACUGUGAACUCAACUCAGCUGACGCUGGACUUAUAUCUCGAAAAUACCGAAUAUUCUAUGUUCAAAGAGAUGGGCAAACUACAACGUUUAAAGUCGGAGAUAGUUUCAACGUAACAUGGCAUCUUGGGUAUCCUCACAGAGGUGGGUUUAAACUUGAGCUCCUGGAUGCAAACGACAAGUUGCUGAAUCCCUUGACUCCGGAGGGGGCUGGAAAUAAGAAGGACGGAUUUGAUGAUGAGGAUUCAACUCAGCAAUCCUUCUCCGUAACUCUGCCAACAAAAGAAUGUUUAAACUGCUCGAUUAGGUUGGUUCGGCAGGCUGCAGAGUGGGGAGGAAGAUACAGCUUCUGGUCUUGCUCAGAUAUAGAUAUUGUAAAGAACACACAGAGUUCUGUAUGCGGAGAGAAAGGAGAGGAGAAGGAUGGAUCCUGCUCCUGUAAACCUGGAGCAUACGGAGACAGAUGUGAAUUUACAGAGGAAUGCACAAAAGAUGAGGAUUGUGGAGGACCAGACAGAGGUGAAUGUAUACUACCUGAGGGAACAACAUUACCUAGAAUGGCUCGGGUUUGCUAUUGUAAGAUGGGAUACUACGGGAAGGAUUGUGGGAAGGAGUCUGUGCUUCGGGAGCAUAUAAAGAGCCAGGAUGGAUAUAGUAUGCAAGAGCUGAGUGAUAACCUUUCCCUUUACUGGAGAAAGGUUGAAGACAAACAAGAAAUCGAGAUUGCUCUCAGAGGAAAGACGAAGAAUUAUGUUGCGGUUGGGUGGAGAUCUCUUGAUACAACCAAGCUCUGUAAAUCCCAGUUCACUGGUCUGGAGUACCUGGAGAACGUUGCCGAUUACGCCCCAAAGGGAGAUAUCCAUGAGAUGGACUGCACUGAUAUUGUGAUAGGGUUCGCCAAGGGUUCUCUGGGUCGGGUUGUAGAUUCCUACACUCGAGACAGAUCAACCCCGCUCCGGGAUGAGGAGUAUGGCGGGACGGAAGAUUUAACUGCAGCGCUUGCAUACGAGGACGAGUUGACUGGAGAAACCGUUCUUAUCUUCAGAAAACCUCUUAAAGCCUCCCAUCCUACGGAUAACAGUAUAGAAGACGCUGUAAUGCAUAUCAUUUGGUCUCAUGGACAAUCAAAAGGUUCCUUCUCUCAUUCUCCUCUCUCCGGAUUAGAGAAUGGUUCUCCUGCAAUACCAGAUUUCUAUAAAGAGGACGAACUCAAGUAUCAUGGUCGGAGCAACAGAGGGCUGGUCAAACUUAACCUUCUCCAGGUUCAGAAGAGCGAAGACGAUCUUAAUUCUUGUUCCUUCUCCUACCCUGAGGAUUGUAGAUCUAAUGAAUCAGGGUGCGAUUACUCCGCCUCCUGGUGGAAGGACGAGUCCCACCUGUAUGUAUCCGUGUCCACCAGGAUAGCAGAGAACUGGUUCGGAGCUGGUAUUUCUCCAGAUAGAAGCAUGGCUAACUCCUUUGUUGUAAUUGGAGGGAUGGUGAACAGCGAGAAAAUAGUUCUUGGUGAGGGAAGACUAACUGGAUACAAAGCUCCUGAACUCACGGAGAGAUUGGAUACUGAAACCUCCUGGGUGAGAAGUGAGGACGGAGUUCAAGCAGCUAAAUUUUCUAUCCCUCUUUCAGAUUAUAUAAAUGAUAUUGUGGAUCUAAAAUCUGAGGAUGGAUUCCACUUCUUGUUUCCUGUAUCUGGUGGAAGUAUAAAGGACGGAGAUAAACUUGAGAUAAGAUACCAUUCAGAUACUCCCACAGUAUCGGAGAAGAUCAACUUAAACAAAUGUUUUGAGUCGGACGGAAAGAAAUUAUUUACUGAACUUAUUCCAACUCAAGGAAAACUUGGAGCAGGAUCAAAGCCAGAAUCCGAACCUGAAUCCGAACCUGAACCAGAAUCCGAAACAGAGGUUGAACCUGAAUCCGAACCAGGGACUGAAAAGGAUUCUGAAAAGUUGCCUAAUGACAAAUCUGAAUCGGAACCUGAAUCGGAACCUGAAUCUGAGCCGGAGCCUGAAAAGAAUUCUGAAAAGUUGGCUGAUGAAAAAUCGGAAUCUGAACCUGAACCAGAAUCGGAACCAGAGCGCGAAAAGGACUCAGAAAAGUUGACUGAUGACAAAUCUGAAGCUGAAGCUGAACCAGAAUCGGAACCUGAAUCAGAACCAGAGCCUGAGAAAGAGCCUGACGACCAAUCUGAAUCUGAACCUGAACCAGAAUCUGAACCAGAAUCUGAACCUGAACCAGAAACAGAUUCCGAAAAGUUGACUGAAAUCAAAGAAGAAUCUGACUCUGAACCUGAACCAGAAACUGAACCAGAACCAGAAUCGGAACCUGAACCUGAAACUGAUUCAGAAAAGUUGACAGACUCCGAUACAUUCCUUGAAUCAGUUCCAGAACCUGAAUCGGAACCUGAAAGUGAUCUCGGGAGCAACCCGGAAAAGUUAACAGACGCAAAAGAUGAAUCUGAAAAUGAUCCUGAAUCUGAACCCGAGACUGAACCCGAGCCUGAGUCUCAACCCGAACCAGAAGCUGAUAACGAACCUGAACCAGGAUGGGGGAAGGUUGGGACUCAUUUCUCCUGCUAUAGAUCCAGGUCUGGUAUUGUAGAGAACAAUGAGCUAAACGUAGAAGAUAUAUUUGACUCCUGUGAGGAGAACGGAUUAAUGAGAAUGAUCAAGAAUGUUGUCGCUGUUGAGAAAUCAGGAAAGUAUCGUCUAAGUUUCACUUCACUCAUCAAGUCAGGAAAGAACGAUCCGUUCACACUGAGGAUAAGGAGAAAAGACGAGAUUAUUGGAGAGACAAGGAUGCACUUAGGAGCAGUUGCAAAUCCUCCAGAGGUCGGAGUGUCAACUACUAUUCUUAUGAUGAAGGAUUUGAUGCUAGGAGAUCUUCUUAAAAUAGAAACAGAUUCUCAACUUGGUAAAAGUUAUCUCCGGAGUUCAGACUGGAACCUGCUCCGACUAGAGGGAGAUAUAAUCAGGGACGGUGUUGAGUGUAUCUUUACUCAGGAUAGGAUAUUCUGCGGGGAAUCAGACCUGGUCAGUGUAGAGCAGGAGAAAACUAUUGUUGUUAAAUCCACCAAUUAUUAUCAAAUAUCAUUAUCUGGAUUUUUGACCAAGGAUGGUUUUGGUAUGGAAGAUUUAAUGCUGAAGGAUGAGAUUAGCUCCGAAUCCAUCCUGUCCAUCAGGACGGGUCUCGUCAAGGAUCAGAGCUCCGAGCUUGAACUUACAAAUCUUACUCUUCCCUUCAGCAAUAGUGUGAUAAGAAAACUAAGCUCUGGAUCAAGGUUAUCUCUUAGAUCAGGUUCUGGGGUUGAGGUUGAGGGACGAAUUCUUCUUAUUCCUAGCUCCGGGUCCGAUAUAUCCUGCUCCGAGACCGAACCCAUCAAAACUAAACUUGUCACACUCUCUAACUGCUCGUUGAACACUGAGCAAAGAUAUAACACGAGGAACGGAGUUUUCACAGCUCCGGCAGAUGGAACCUAUAUGGUUGGGUUCUCAGGAUCCUACCAGGUAUCUGGAGAGAGUGUACUUCACACCAAUAUCCUGAGUAAGAACGGAACGAAUCUCCGAACCAUGGUUGCUGGGUUCACCAAGAUAGGAUCUUCCAAGGACUCCGACCUCCAGUUUCUCACCAAUAAUAUUAUCGUAGCUAACGUGAGGUUGGAGAAGGAGGAGGAGAUCUGUCUGGGAAUGGGAACAGGGAAAGGAAGAUCUCUGAAUGUAAGAAAUGAGAUCUCCGCGAGCUCUGAUCAUCCAGCAAUCCUUAGUAUCCACAGAAUUAACUAGAAUUGAAUUAAAUUAUGAAAUAUAUUUACUCUGACACAUACAAUAAUGAAACAUGUAAGAUAUGACAGAACGGCACACGUAUGAUUUCAUCCUUAUCGUUUUUUUGUGGUUUUACAAAUUAUACAUGAACAGCUCAGCAGGUUUAAAACUGAUCAGUAUAGGUCAGGGUUCCUAAACAGAGAAGUAUGGUUGGGUUCAAGCUUUGUUUUCUCUUGUUACUUGGUUUAGUGCAGGCUAGAUAUCAGUACGAUGAUCAAUUUAUAUUAUUCCAAGAGGAAAAUCCUGAAACCGAUAUUACUACUAUUCCUACAAUAACCCCCUCUCCUCCUCCUUCUACUACUACUACUACUACUACUACUACCACAACUGCAACAACUCCUACAACUUCAACUACUACAAAUGCGACGACAACUACUUCUACUACAACUAUAACAACUAUCUUCACUGCAACAACUCCUACAACUACAACUACUACAAAUAUGCCAACAACUACCAUUUCAACUACAUCUACAACUACUAUUCCAACAACAACUCCUUUUGAAAGCAACGGAUGUAAAUGUCGAUGGGUACCUAUGACCACUACCACCACUACGACAUCAACAACAACCACAACCACCACAACAACAACAACAACAACAACAACAACAACCACCACAACAACGACGUCCGAAGCAACAGAUGUAACACAAGAAAUAGAAACAACAACAACAAUACCUAAAAAUGAAAUCAAAGUUGAAUCAGAUGAAUUUCCUGAGUUUGGUAUGAAUAUUAUUAAAGAAGAAGUAUUUUUUUAUGAAUGGGUGUGUGAGUGUGAAUGGCCCUGGGCUGAGUUUGGUUACGGAUGUGCUGCUGCUGCUGGAGCUUGUAUCCUACUCGCAGCACUAAUCAAAGUUGUCUGUUACAGGAAGAAGUCUGCCAGUAAAGAUUUCUCCUAUGCAAUGGAUAAUUUUGUUGUAGAGUAAUAAUUGUUAAAAUGAUUUUUAAUCUAUUGUAUUAUCUUUUAUCAUAAUAUUAUAUAAGAAAAAAAU